CAUCCGCUUUUACAAGAUAUAUGCAUGGCCAGGAAGCUUGUAUUUUCAUUUUUUUCAUGAUGACUUCGACAUUCUUUACUUCCGCGUAUGAGUCAGCGUUCUUGUAAAUGCAGAACAUCGUCUGACGGCCUAUUUUGGUUGAUACAUGUCCUGAAAGCUGAAAUACUACAAGGCCAUGAAAUUCAAAGGAUUCUGGUUCUCGAUGCUGGUAUAUAAGUAAUAUAACUUCGCUUUUCUCUUACAAGGUACUGCUGGAUUUUUCUUGAAACAUGUUGAAACAGGAAAGUGUAUUUAUGAUACAAAGAUAGUACAGUCAAGAUAUCCACCACCAACUGGGGGAGAAAGGACACUUCACUUCUUGGAGCUUUCCGACAACUGUCUUCAUCCAGCAUCUCAGUUCAAAUUUCUAAAUAAUGAUGCCUUAUUGAAGUUGAACGUACCAGGUUGUCUUCAGGGAGUUUAUAAGGCAGGAAAUAGUUACUAUCUUGAUAUGCUAUAUAUCCACACUGAUACACACAACAUUAAUGACGUUGCUUGUGUCAACAACAAUGCUGUAACCCAAACCUCUUGGGGAGGUCUAGCAACGCGGUACGACCGCGCUGGAUAUCAAUUUCGAUGUUUAAGACCUCGUACUUCUAAAGAACUAAAAGACAUUCAAGGAGUUGAUCCUUAUUUGAAAAUGGCUAGUUGUAAAUUUACACCUAAAAAGCAAUUUCAUUUCGGUAAGGGUUAUUUAGUUCUUAAUUCAUAUUUCGGUCCACCAAAAUUUAAAACACAUGAAAAUAUUUUAAAUAUUCACAAGUUAUUAAAAAACAUGGUAAAUCAGCUACGGAAAACAUGGUAAAUCAGCUCAGCACACAAGAAACGUAUUCAAAAAGAAGGAACUUCAUUAAAUAAAAAUAAUUUUUAUUGGUACACCAACAUGUCGGCCAUGAUGUCAGGUGACAAUGUUCUAUAGACUUGUUUUUCUUGUGAUUUAAUUAAUACAAUAGAAGAUUACGAUCUUCUAUAGUGUUUCUAAUGCAGUUUCGAUUGACUGGCGAAAACCAGUUUACUACGGGUGCUUUAGCAUUACGGUACGAAAGGGCUGGAAAUAAAUUGCGCUGUUUAAAACCUGCUAAACAUAAUUCACCGAGAAUCCAACAAAGAAUUGAUCCAUACCUUAAGAAUGGCGUCUUGUCAAGAUGAAAAAAACAAGAAAGUUCAUUUUGGUUCCGUGACUUGCGCUCGACAAAAAAUAAUGUACGCCAGCUGUCGUAAAGGACAAUAUAUGGUAGUAAAGACUGCAGAAUAUCGUGGAUUGAACCAAGGAAAUGUUUGUGGUUCAAGUUACUAUUACAACUGUAGUGUUGAUGUUACAUGUCGUCUAAAAAGACUUUGUGAUGGCAAACGAGAAUGUAAUGUAACUGUCGAUGAUAACCUUUUCUCUUCAAAAAGUUGUCCUGGUUUGGACAAAUAUCUUUGCUUUGAAUAUCAAUGUAACUCUACCAUGACGUCAUUCAAUGAAAUUUGCAUUGAAGAUAUGCAGUUAUCACAGUCGACAUUACCCAGCGAAGGUUUUGUGAAACUUUUUUACCAAAGAUGA